AACAUGGACAUCUCAUGGCAGAUCAGGCUGCAUAAGCUCUGUUUCUUUAUCAUGGAAACAGGUCUGCUCCAGCUGAGGGCUUCUGUGCUGCAGAGUCAGAGCACAGCCCUGAGGGCUGCGUGUCCCAGGACGGCUGCAGGCUGUGCAGCCAUGGCUGCAGCCGGGUGCCCAGGGCUGUCCUGCAGAGCAGGUCCUGCUGUGCCCCAGGGGCUGUGUGCCGGGGCAGGGACUGUGCUGCCUGCCAGGCUCAGCACUCAGCCUGCCUGGGGAGCUGCCCAGGGCGCUGUGGGGAGACGUGUGGGGGGAAGGAGCCCCCCGGCAGGGCAGGGCAGGGCAGGGCAGGGCAGGGCAGGGGCCUUCUGCUGCCACAGCUCCUGCCUGGGGCAGGGGGAUCACAGAUUCACUCCAUGCCAGAGUGUUUCUAAGGGCACUUUUGCAAGAGGAGAGACAAGGCAGGGGUUUUCCUACUCUCAUGGGAAGAGAAAGGAUUUGAGGAAGAAAUCUAAAAGGGGCUGUCAAUCUUGAACACGUUCACUUUCAGCCUCUCCUCCCUUGUAGGAUAGAACCAAAUUUCAAUACAGUUGUUUUCUGUUGGCAUGAAUAAUGCACUUAUCCUGCAAUCAGGCAACUAUCUCUAACAGAAUUUAAGUGCACACAGGUUGGGAUGGGGUGCACUAAGAGCAGAGAAGUUAAGGAUAUGGGACAGGGAAACAGAUGAAAAUAUCCAGGGAGAUAGGAUAAGAUUAAAAAUGAGACAAAUGCAUAAGCUUCAUAAUUGCCCUCUGCUUAUGGAAUGCUGAACUUCAUGAAAUCAAAUUCAAGUAAUGGAGGUUAAUGAAUACUGAUCUGAGAGAAAGAAACAAAAUAAAGUAUAGCAGAAGAAGUGUCUCUGAGAAUGGUCUCCUCACUAUCUCCUGCACUCUGCACAGGACUCCAGGCCCAGCAGGAACUGCAGAUGCCCAACAGCAGCUCCAUCAGCCAGUUCCUCCUCCUGGCGUUGGCAGACACGCGGCAGCUGCAGCUCCUGCACUUCUGGCUCUUGCUGGGCAUCUACCUGGCUGCCCUCCUGGGCAACGGCCUCAUCAGCACAGCCGUAGCCUGCCACCACCGCCUGCACACCCCCAUGUACUUCUUCCUGCUCAACCUCGCCCUCCUCGACCUGGGCUGCAUCUCCACCACUCUCCCCAAAGCCAUGGCCAAUGCCCUCUGGGACACCAGGCACAUCUCCUACGCUGGAUGUGUUGCACAGCUCUUUUUCUUUUUGUUUUUAUUCUCAGCAGAGUAUUCCAUUCUCACCAUUAUGUCCUAUGACCGCUAUGUUGCCAUCUGCAAGCCCCUGCACUACGGGACCUUGAUGGACAGCAGAGCUUGUGCCACCAUGGCAGCAGCUGCCUGGGGCACUGGGCUUCUCUAUUCCCUUCUGCACACUGCCAAUAUAUUUUCUCUGCCUCUCUGCCAUGGCAAUGCUGUGAACCAGUUUUUCUGUGAACUUCCACAGAUCCUCAAGCUCUCAUGCUCAAAAUCCUAUCUCAGGGAAGUCGGUCUUGUUGUGGUUAGUAUCCUUGUCUUAUUUGGGUGCUUUGUAUUCAUUGUUGUGUCCUAUGUGCAGAUCUUCAAGUCGGUGCUGAGGAUGCCCUCUGAGCAGGGACGGCACAAAGCCUUCUCCACGUGCCUCCCUCACCUGACUGUGGUCUCCUUGUUUCUCAGCACCAUCUUUUUUGCUUGUCUGAAGCCUUCCUCUAUCUCCUCCCCAUCCCUGGACCUGGUGGUGGCAGUUCUGUACUCGGUGGUGCCCCCAACAGUGAAUCCCCUCAUCUACAGCAUGAGGAACCGGGAGCUCAGGGAUGCAGUGAGGAAAAUGAUGACAUGGACAAUUUUCAGCAGAGAUAAAAUUCUCAUUUCUCUUUGCUAAUGACUCAUAAUCUAUUAUCUUCUUUCAUGCUUAUAUUAUAGAUUUUUUUAUAUUAAUAAAUACACUCCAUUUGCUGUUUUACAUUUGUAUGUGUAUCCUGCAUUAUAUAUAUAUAUGUAAUAUAUUUACAA